GAUUCUUGCUCUGUUGCCCAGGCUGCAGUGCAGUGGCACAAUCUCGGCUCACUGCAAGCUCCGCCUCCUGGGUUCACACCAUUCUCCUGCCUCAGCCUCCCAAGUAGCUGGAAUUACAGGCACCCGCCACCACGCCUGGCUAAUUUUUUUCUAUUUUUAGUAGAGAUGGGGUUUCACCGUGUUAGCCAGGAUGGUCUCGAUCUCCUGACCUCGUGAUCUGCCCACCUCGGCCUCCCAAAGUGCUGGGAUUACAGGCGUGAGCCACCGUGCCUGGCUGCCAGUUUUCAUUAUGUAAAUACUCCCAUUUCUGAGUGUAAGCUUCCAAAAGUUCUUGUAUAUUUAGCAAUCUGACCCUGGGUGUGAUAUGAGUCACCUCCAGCCCACCACUGUUUGAAUGGUAUUUAAAGUGAAGGUACAGAAGCUAUUUAAAAGGUCACAGAAUUAAUCUAGGCAAGAGAUAAAGAGACUAAAUUAAGGUAGCAGAAAUAGGAGAGACUAUUUCCAAAUAGAAUAGAUGGAAGGGAGCUCCUGAGGGAAAUAAUCCUUCCAUAUGUCUUUAUAUACCUCAUAUGGAUGUUGGACUGCUGUGUUCUGAUGACUUGCUCUGUCAGGCAGACAGUAUAUUGCCCUAAACAUAGUGGAUUUUUAAAAAGCAAUCAUCCAAAUAAAAGACUUAUCCUGGAAGAGGAAAUGAAGGAUUGAAUUAUAAGCACUGUGCACUUAGGCUACACUAAAUUUAUAGAAAAACAUUUUUCUUUCUUCAGUAAUAAAUUAACCUUAGCAUACUGUCAUUUUUUUACUUUAUAAACUUAAAUUUUUUGAUGUUUUGAUUGUUUUGUAAUAACACUUAGCUUAAAAUACACAUUGUACAGCCGUACAAAAAUAUUUUCUUUUUUUACAUCCUCAUUCUACAAGAUUUUUUCUAUUUUUAUUUUUUUAAACUUUUUAAACUUUCUUGUUAAUGUGCACAUUAGCCCAGGCCUACAGAGGGUCAGGAUCCUCAAGACAUCCAAGACAUCAGCAGGCCACAGAAAUUUUUCAGCUCUGUUACAAUCAUAUGGGCCUAUAAUUGUAUAUGCAGUCCCUUGUUGAGGGACAUGAUUAUAUUUUUUUCAUUUACAUACUAAAUAUAUGAGUUCGUGUGUUGGUACACUAAUAUAUCAUGUCUAUUCUAGAGCAUAUAAAAUUAUUUUCAAGGGAAGAUGUAAAAAUAGGUAUGAAGAAGUUCUGGUACUUUUUUCCCCACCCAGCAGAUCACUUUUUUUUUUUGAUCACUUGAGUAUUAUGCACUGCUCUUUAAAGAUUCCUUCUCUCAGGAGGACCCUAAGGGUAGAAUAGGAACUGGCACUCUCCCAUGGCCAGGACGCUGCCUUCUGGAGGCGCUUAUGGAGAUGGACUGGAGUCUAGGGUCGUGGAAAGUAGGCAUAUUUGAUGGGCCAGUUUUACAUUAAGUUCUGUAGUCUCAUUGCAUCUGGCACCCUCAAGUUUCUUAUUAAAUACUACAGCCUGGUUUUUAGCUUUGUUCCAUAGUAGGAAAAGUUUGAGCAUAGGAAAAGUUCUGUGCCCAAAAUUGCAUCCAAGAAUUCAAAAGGCAAAUAGAAGCAGAGGUUAUUUUUCAUAUACUUAUCCGUUCAUUUGACAUACAUUUACUGAGCACUUAAUGUGCCAAGCCCUGUUCUGAGAGUUGAGAAGUAGCCUGGAGUAAAGCAUACAAAAAUGGCUGCCUUCUCAGAGCUUAUAUUAUUGUGGCAGGACCAGCAUUCCAGGAAAGGGGAGCAAUAAGGUCAGGGUCCCUGAGACAGGAACAUGCCCAGUGUGCUGGGAAAUAAAUAAAUCACUGUGGUUGAAGCAAUUUGAGUUUGGGUAAGAAGAACUUGAGGUCAGAAAAGUAAAAGUGGAGGCAGGGCGUAUGGGAUUGGGGUCGCAGAUUGCAUAGGGCCAUGUGGAUCAGUAUAAGAAAUUUAGCUCUUACUGUUAGGAAUUUGAGAAAUGAUUGGAGAGUUUUUUGCAAAUAAGUAACUUCAUCAGACAGUAUGUUAACUGGAUAAUUCAGGUGGCUAGGUUGAGAAUAGACCAGGGCAAGGGCAGUGUAUGAGGGCAGAAGCAUGAAGAUCAGUCAGGAUUCUAGUGUAAAAUAUUAAAGAAAGGUAAUGCAAACGAGACAGAUGAUGUUGGUCUGGGAUACAGUGACAGGAGUGGUCAAAUUCUGUUUAUAUUUUGGAAACAGUGCAGUCAGGGUUUGCUAACUGAUUAGAUGUGGCCUUUGAGAAAGAGAAAAGUCAAGGAUGACAUCAAAGCUUUUGCCUUGAUCAACUGGAAGAAUAGGGUUACUCAAUCUCAAGUAGGGAAGACAGUAAGAGAGUGGAAUGUGAGGAGACCAGUUUAGACAUGUUAAGGGUGAGAUGUUUAUUGAAUCUAUAAUAUAAACAACCCAAAUUCAGGUAUUGAAUAGGCAAGUAGAUUUACCAGUUGGGAGUUCAGGAGAGGAACCAGACUGGAACUCUCAAUUUGAGUGUCAGUAGCAUAUAAAUGCCAUUUAAAGUCAUAAGACUGUGAUAACCCAGCAGGGAAUAUAGAUACAAUAAAAAAAAUUCUGAAUAUAUUUUGUAUUUACAAUUGACAGGAUUUGCUGGCUGUCAAAAUGUAGGUAUAAAAGAUAAAAUUUGAGAAUGCCUCCAAGGAUUUAUAAAGAAUAAAAAAAGCUGUUGGUGGGUUGAUUCUGGGGCUCUCCAAUAGUUGAAGAUAAAGAGGAACCAACAAAUUGGAUUGAAAAAAAUGUUUAAAGAGGUAGGAAUCAAACUAGACAAGCGUGAUAUCUUGGAAGCCAAACCAAAAAAAUAUAAAAAGUGUUUCAAGGAGUUAGCAAUGGUCAGCUGUGUCAAAUGCUGCUGUAUUUACAUGAAAACUCAGAAAUGACCAUUAGCUUUCAUGUGAUAGACAUCAUCGUCAAUCUGGCUUAAAAGUAGUGUCAAUUGAGUGAUGUGAGCAAAAAGAUGAUGAUGGGAACUGCUUUAAGUGAGAACAGAGGGAGAAAAAUUGUAGCAGAGAUUAUAACAUUUUAGACAAUCCUACUGAGGAAUUUUGCCACAAAAGUGAACAAUUGCGGUGAUGGUUUCAGGGGCAGAUGUGAUCAAUCUUCCUGUUUGUUCUUUUUAGGAUGAGGCAAAUACUAGUAUGUAUUUAAGCUAAUAAGAAUUGGUUAACAGAGAGGGAAACUUUAAAGAUACAUAUGAAAACAGGGAAGAAGGGUUUACUGAAUAAUGUUUUUGGAUAGGCUAGAGAGGAUGGGGUCUAAUACAUGCAAAAAUGGUGCUGGCCUUUGCUAGGAACAUGAACAUAUCAUCUAUAUGAACAAGAGAGAGGUAAAGUUUUUUUUUUUUGUUUUGUUUUUUUAAUCAAGGCGCAGGUAAGUGGGUAGAUAUCUUGGGAGCUGGUACAGUUUCUCUUUUGAUUGGAUCUUUUUCUGAAUGGAUCAGGAAAAAGGGCCAUGAGCCAAGGAGGUGUGAAGAGAGAGGAAGAAUAACAGACCAUUUGAGGUGGAUUUUCCUGAACUGGAAAUGAAAGAUGAUGGCAGGACUGUGUUUUUUCCUUUGGUCACAUUUCGUGGCUUAGGGCAGAGCAAAGAGUUUAGAUUUAAUGAGGGUUUUGGUUUAGGCACAGAUAGGUAAGGAAAGGAAUGGGGAAAAACUUAGUGAAGGUAUCUGCAUGGGAGUGAUUAUGACGAUUGACCGUGGAAUUUAGUUAAGUAGUGAAGUGAGGACACAGGGUGUGGGGGUCCAGGCCAGGGAAAGGAUAUGAGACUAAUGGACUGUAGGUUCAGUGAAUUAGAUUUUCAAAGGACUUUUGGAGUUUUGUGACCAAAGUGAGCUGGAAUAUGAGAAAUGGUAUUAAAAAGUGUGUAUGAAAUUGAGAUUAUUGAGGAAUUGCAGUUAUUAUAAAGACAAUUCGUAGCAUGUGGCCAGGGAGGUGAGAGGCUGGGAGUAGGUUGGAGGGAAGAUCACUGGAAGAGAUCCACCCCUCCCCAUCCCCAUCACAAGGAAGGUAGGUAUUAGUUUGCAAGAGUUCAAGCCCUUAGAUCUGCUUUUGAAGAAGAGGCUAUUUGUAAGAAAGCUGGUAAGUUUCUAUUCCAAGGUUCAUGAUCUAAUAGGAAGACUGCAGGUGUGGCCGUCAGGCCCAAGUCCUAGGUGAGAAUGCAGGUCUGCGAGCCCCUAGGACGGGACCAUAACGACCUUAACAGCCAUAACGACCGUAACUGCCAUAACGGCGGCUGCGCGAGGCCCUUCCAGCAUUUCCACUUUCGUCAGGUACUGGAGAGGGCUGCCGGCUCUUCGCCAGGGCAGAGGGGCAGGGCGGACGGCUAGGAGUCCAAGAAACAUCCUGGUCUGAGGGAAAGACUGCAGCCUGCACCGCCAUGAAUAAGCUUUUCAGCUUCUGGAAGAGGAAGAAUGAGACCCGCAGCCAGGGCUACAACCUUCGAGAAAAGGAUUUAAAGAAACUUCACAGAGCUGCUUCAGUCGGGGAUUUGAAGAAGCUGAAGGAAUACCUUCAGAUCAAGAAAUAUGAUGUAAAUAUGCAGGACAAAAAAUACAGAACACCUUUGCACCUAGCCUGUGCUAAUGGACAUACAGAUGUUGUACUUUUCCUAAUUGAGCAACAAUGCAAAAUAAAUGUCCAGGAUAGUGAAAACAAAUCCCCAUUGAUUAAGGCAGUACAGUGUCAAAAUGAGGAUUGUGCUACUAUUCUUCUAAACUGUGGUGCUGACCCAGAUCUGAGGGAUAUUCGUUAUAAUACUGCUCUUCACUAUGCUGUUUGUGGUCAAAGUUUGUCAUUAGUUGAAAAACUGCUUGAAUACGAAGCUGAUAUUGAAGCAAAAAAUAAGGAUGGGUAUACUCCACUAUUAGUUGCCGUUAUUAACAAUGAUCCAAAAAUGGUAAAAUUUCUUCUGGAGAAAGGGGCUGAUGUGAAUGCUUCAGAUAACUAUCAAAGAACAGCCCUUAUUCUUGCUGUCAGUGGUGAACCAGCAUGUUUAGUAAAGCUUCUUCUUCAGCAAGGUGUGGAAUUAUAUUACGAAGGUAUUUGUGGAUUCACAGCCGAGGAAUAUGUUUAUUUCCAUGGUUUUACCGUAGGUGAAAGGGAAGAAAAGCAACUUCUUAUGAUUAAGCAAUUACCUCUAGGAUGUGGAAAUGAUCAGCAUUUAAUAAAAAUUAUACCCACAAUUCACUGCGAGCUAUGGAAAGAAGAAACAUGCUAAAUAGACACCUUAUUCUUGGCACUACAUGUGACUAAAGGAAGAUAUGGAACCCAUUUCUACAAUUUCUUUGCCGCUUCCUUGAAUUGGAAAAAUGUAUUUUGAAAGAACCGUUAAGUGAACUAUUAUGAUAUUUUUGCUGACUACCCAGUUGAAGAAAAGUUUGUUAAUUGGAUGGGAUUUUUUUUUUCACGUUAGAAGACAUGAAGAAAUUUUAAAAUAUAAACAUCUAUAUUGUGAACCAUCAGCUGAAAAGAUAAAUUUGUGUUCAAUAUAUAGGCAGAAAAAAAUUUGUGUCAAAAUAUUGAAUGGAAUAAUAAUGAGUAAACUGUGUUAGGCAUGUGUUAAAACAUUUAACUAAAAUAAAAAUACAUUUCAGCUACAAAAUGAAGGAAAACAUUAUAAAUAAUCCUGUAUAAAUCGAAAUUAUCUUUUAUAUACAAGUAUUUUCACUGGUAAGACCUUUUUGAUUUUUUAGAAACACUACAGUAGUAUAAUAUAUAUUCAGAAAACUUGGGUAUUAUAGAAAAGAAAAAAGAAAAUGCAUCACUCAAAGUCUCAUUACCCAAACAAAACAUUUGUUAAAUUUUUGGCAUGUUUUGUAGUAUUUUAAAAUUUGCUUAGUUUUUUUUCCUCAAAGAGAAUUUCCAAUUUUACAUUUUUCUUCUUGAAAACACAAUACAUUGUUCACAGUUUGCACUGUGCUCUUUGCUAUAGCUUAAACACAUCGAGUGUGGUCUGGCUUCAGAACAGUUCCCUAUAAGACCCUUUUUCCUUUAGUUAUUGCCUAGGACAACUCCUCAUGGGACCUCAGUCACUGCUCUGUCAUUCUGUCACUUACAAUGCACUACUCUCUUCUUGCAUUUUGGAAUUAAAGCUCCAUGAGGGCUUGAACCUUUUGUUCCCUACUACUUGUUAAAUGCCUGGUGUAUAGUAGAUAUUCAAUUUGCUGAAUAAUAAGUGAUACUUUCAGGCCCUGUUCCAGUAACUUUACAUAUCUUACCUCAUGAUCUUUGCACAGUCUUGUGAGGUAGGAAGUAUUUGUAUCCUCAUUUUAAGAUGAGAACAUUGAGGUGCAACAUGGUUCAAUGACUUGCUUGAGAUUACUGAGCUAGAACACUGGGAGCUGGUGUAUAAACCCAUGCUCUCUGGAUUUGAACCUAACCAGUCCCAUGCCAGAAUUUGUACCAUAAACCAAUAUGCCAUGUCAUUUCUCUCAUGAAUGAAUGUAUAUCAUCCUUGUAAGCUCUACUUUUAAUGGCUCAGAAGGAAGAUUUUCUUUGAAUUUGAAACUCAUUUAAACCACUCUUUUAUUUAAGUAUGUUUGUUUCACUUAUUUCUAGUGCUAGGUGAUAUUGAAGAGCUAAAAUGGAGGGGAAAUAAAACCAGACAAUUCCUGACUUCAAGUCAACAAACAUUUAAUUUCUGCUAUGGUUUCAAUCAGUGAUUCUUAACUGGGAGCAAUUUUGACCCCAGGGGGUAUUUGGCAAUGUCUGCUGAGAUUUUUGAUUGUCAAGACUGAGAAUCAAUACUGCUAAAUAUCCUAUCAUGCAUGGGACAGUCCCCACAACAAGUAAUUGUCUGGCCCCAAAUGUCAACAGUUUCACGGCUGAGAACUCUGAUGUAGAUUCUAUAUUAUAUGCUGGGGACCAAAGAUGAAAAAGAUGUUUUUAUAUACUCUGCCUUAAAUGAGCUCACAAAUUUUUAGUUUCCCCACUCCCAGUCUUUAUGUAAGCAGAGUUAGAACAUGUGUAGUGUACCUUCACCAUUAACAGAAAAGGAGGGAGUGGUAAACUACCUAGCGUAGUUUAGGGAGGGUCAGAGGUGAUUUCAGCUAAAAAGGAACUUUUUGGCUGGGCUCGUAGAAUAAGUAGGGUUUCUCUAGGUCUCCCAAUCAAAACUUAGUCAACCAUAAUAAAAAGUUUAUAACAGAGGCAGAGGCAAAACACCCAAGAAUCAGAGGAGAGAGGAAGUCACCACAAGGUUAACAUUGGUGGGGUAGAUAAGAUUUUAACCAGGUUCUGAAGGGUAGGUGGAAUUUUGACAUAGUACUUCUAAUAAGAAAUUAGGCUUGGCACGUUGGCUCACACCUGUAAUUCCAACACUUUGAGUGGCUGAGGUAGGAGGAUCACUGGAGCCCAGGAGUUUGAGACCAGCUUGGGCAACAUAAUGACAUCCCAUCUCUACAAAAAAUUUAAAAAUUAGCUAAGCAUGGUGGCACAUGCUGGUAGUCUCACGUACUUAGGAGACUCCUGCUGAAGUGGGACGAUUGCUUGAGCCUAGGAGGUUGAGGCCUCAGUCGGUGGUGAUUUUGCCACUGUACUCCAGCCUGACCUUGUCACAAAAAAGAAAAAAAAUAAAUUAGGUGGGAUGAAGAACUUUGUGUAUUUUAUAAUAGAAUUUGUGUUGACUACUCCUUGGGGAAAAUGUGUACUCUAAAAUGGUAUGCUGUAGUGCAGAUGUAGUGCACAGGUAUUUGAUCUGAUUUUGCCAGCUCUGCUUCUCCAUUACUAUUAUAUCUCUAGGAACAAUUUUGUGAAUUCUCUCAAGUAUUUCAAUUCUUAGAAUAUUGUCAAAUUGUGAAUUACUUUUCAGUGUGCCUGGUAAUAUCUAAAACAGAACAAAUUCACUUUUCCUUUAAGAAGUUUAACAACAGAAAACAACUAUUUAAUACAUACCCAACUUUAGGUAAAUAUGUACACUUCCUUUAAGCAACCAUAUAAGUAGACUACUUUUCUCACUCAUGUGGACAGCUAGGAGGAAUACAUUUCUUCAUGAAUGAUCUCUUCCCCUAACCAACUUUGUUAUGGCAUAAAGUCGUGCAGAUUUAGAGUACCCUCGUGAAGGGAGUGAUGCUGACUAAACCAUGUGCUUUGACACAAGUCUGGCAAAGAAAGGGCACAUUUUUCUAAUUUUUCAAAGGUAAGUGGAAGUGACACAUUGCCUUUUUUUUUCUUAUCAGAAGCCCAUCACCCUCUUGCACUCUUGCCAUCCUCCCCAAGGAGAGCAUGUUAGAUAGCAGCUACUUCUCCAGCCUUGGUCUCCCAAUGAGACACACAUGGGCAUGUCUGAAUUAAGCCCAGCUGAUAAGAGGAACCCUGCGGGGCUUAGCAGAGCCACAGCCAGUACUCAAAAGAAAGAAAUAAAUGUUUGGAGUUUAAACCAGUGAUACUGUGAGGCUGUUUAUUGUCCCCAGCAAAAAGAUGACUGAUAACAGAAAUCAUGGGGUCAGCUUGUCAGAUCAACAGUGUGCAUCUCGCUUGUGAUGUGCUUACCCACUUUCAUUCUCUAGAA